UAGGGUUCCAUGAGCUACAUGAGAGUCGUCGCAUCCCUCCCUAGAAGCUGAGAAUCUCAGCUUUCUUUAGCCUUUUCUAUUCAAUUUUGAAGUUUUCUUUUUCCCUAACUCCCUUCUAGUUUUCCUUCCCCUCUCCAUGAUUUCUGAUUCUCUCAUAGUUUUUCUACUUGCUCCGUUCCUAAAUCUGAUAACCCCCAAAAUUUUUUUUCGCCGUUGUUUCUCGUUUCCUUAGUUUCUCACCUCCAAAAUCCCUAAAUACUUUAUUAGAGUUUUAUACUCCCUGUAUUUAGCUAUUAGCCAAAAAAACCCCAAAUUUUUUUUUAUAAUCUUUGUUGUUUUUGCUUGUUUUUCCUUAUUGGUCGAUUAUGACACAAUCGGGCUUGGUUACCAGGAAGUGGAGCCCUGCCGGAAGAGUGAUUGCUGGAUCUCCUAUCAAAAGGGGAAGAUCUAUGAUGUUUUGGCUAAGGCAUGGAGAAACUUUCAGGGCAGGUGGAUUGUGCCUGCAGAGGAGCCACCAGGAUUAAUAAACAACAACAGAAUGUUGGUGCUGUUGGAGUGGUGACAAUUUUUAUGGAUGUAUUACAAACUAUUAUGAGGGAAAUGAUACAAGAAGCAAUGUAAGAUGUGAACCAGCAAUGACAUGUUCAGAGGCAAUCUGGAGGUAAUGAGGGUCCAGAGGGGGAUUGAAUUGUUUGAGGAGGAUCCUGAAUAAGCCAAACUGAAGUAAUUUCAGAAGGGGCAUCCACCUACCUUUGGGGGUACACAAGACACAAGUCCAAAGAAAUCCAGCUGUGAUUAGAGGAACGAUUUAGUAGAGAAUAAGAAUGGAGAAGUACCUGAUGAAGAAGUUGACGCGGCGACAGCUGUUGCAGCAGGGGCGAAGAGGACCAGGAUUAGCAGGACUAUGAGAAAGAUUGCAGUUGAAGAGGUCAUCGCCGGAGACCGGGGAGAUUGGAGAUGCUGCAAUUGGGAGAGGCCUCUUUUUUUUAGUGAAACUGAUUUUCUUGAUAAUAACCGACCUGAUCUGAU